AUGCACUUCUCUACCGUUCUCGCCGGCUGCGGCACCCUGCUAAGUUUCGCUCUCGCGUCUCCGACUUCUCCACUGCUCGCCGCUCGUGAUGAAACUGUCAGCUUCACUGUCUUCACUGAUAGUAAUGGCGAGAUCGAGUCGUUCAGAAAUGCUCAAGCUCUGGGCGUCGACAUUUACGGCCCCAUCCCCGACGACGGUGUCGUUCAUGCCGACCAUGUCACGGCCGAGCCUGGCACCAAGGCCUGGGCCUGGAUCCGCGCCCAAGCCGACAUUGACUGGACCAAGGUGUCCAAAGACAAGCGGGACGCGGUGCUGAAGAGGCAGGGAUGGGCGAACAUUGGGAUCGGCAUGUAUGCCCAGGACAACUGCGGAGGCCAGGCCUCGUACUUUGACAAUGUAGAAUAUGGCACUCAUCACUUUGAUGUCGUCAACUACUACAGCAUUGGCAUCACCUAUCGUGGCCUGCGCGACGGCGAGACGCUUGGCACCUUCCGCCAGGCAGGCGAUGACUGGUGCGGCACGUUUGUCAAUAACAUCGCACAUGACUCGAACCCUGGUUGUGGUGCCGUUGGCCCCAUCAACUGCUUUAUCCUCACCCUCAGCUAA